UCGCACAGUUUGAUGCAAAAGGGCCGCCGUACAUUCAAACUCGCUCUUCCUGUAAGUGAGGCGAGCUAUUGUGUGCCGUGGAUGCCAAGAGUUUAGUUUGUUUUAACACAACCAAAAGCCAGAAGAUGCAGGGGUGAUAUAUGGGAAAUACUGGGUACAAUGAGUGAUAUACGCCAUUCCCUCCUACGUCGAGAUGCUCUCAGUGCUGCAAAAGAAGUUCUUUAUCACUUGGAUAUUUACUUGAGUAGUCAGCUUCAAAAUGUCACAGUGCCAGUUGUAGACAAAGGGACGAUUGAACUUGUGGAUGAAUUCAUAUUUCAUGUUCCUAAGGAACGUAGUGUUCAGCCAAAGAGGUUGAACUCCUUACAGGAACUCCAGUUAUUGGAAAUAAUGUGCAGUUAUUUCCAGGAACAGAGCAAAGAUGCAGUUCGACAGAUCAUCUUUUCUACACUGUUCAGCCCCCAGGGGAACAAGACUGAUGACAACAGAAUGGCCAUGCUUGGCAAAUUGGUUUCUAUGGCCGUGGCUGUCUGCAGGGUGCCCAUUUUAGAAUGUGCUGCUUCCUGGUUUCAGAGAACCCAUGCUGUCUAUUGUGUGAGACUUGCCAGAGUCUUGGUAGACGAUUACUGCAGUCUUGUUCCAGGGUCUGUUCAGACUCUAAAGCAAAUAAUCAGUGUCAGCUCUAGGUUUUGCUGUCAGUUCAUUAGUGCUGUUACUGCACUAUACGACUUAUCAACAGAUGACUUGAUCCCUCCAUAUGAACUACUGGAGAUGGUUGUCACCUGGAUUUUUGAUGACCCCAGAUUAAUUCUUGUUACAUUUCUUAACACCCCAAUAACGGCAAGUCUUCCACUAGGAAGCUUGGAACUAACCCCUUUGCCUGGCCUUGUACGCUGGUGUGUAAAGUCACCGUUGGCUUACAAAAGGAACAGAAAACCCACUCUCACAAAUGGCCAUGUCCAUAAACUCGCAAAAGAAUGUGAAGUGGACAGGGAUUCACAGCCUCUUUAUUCAAAGCUCCAUCUGAGUGUUCUUCAGGUAUUUGUGAUGCUGCAGGCGCAUUUAACGGAAAAGAAUAUGUAUGGUCGCCUUGGACUGCUCAUGUUUGAUCAUGUGGUCCAAUUUGUAGAGGAACUUAAUAGGUUGAUUGAUGAACUUAAUCCUCUCAAUGUCACAAAGGAAACUGAACUUUCUUUGGAUAGGCUUGCACAAGCUUUGCAAGUUUCCAUGGCAUCAGGAGCCCUGCUAUGUACCAGAGAGGAUUUGAGAUCAUUGUGUUCAAGGCUUCCUCAUAAUAACCUACUUCAGCUGGUUCUGUCUGGUCCUGUCCAACAGCCUCCUCCACAUACUGGACUUCCUCCUGGAUUUUACCCACAUAUCCAUACUCCUCCAUUAGGCUACCCUUCUCGUCCUGCACACACAGCACACUCGACACUCCCUGUACAUCCCACUCACAACACACGCACUUCUCUUCCUGUGCAGACCUUCCUACCAGGUAUGGCCUUUCCGUAUAGGCCUAUCCGUUAGGAGCAUUGAGACAUAUGGCACUGUAAAUUUUCCAGAAGUUUUGGAAGAUUUAAUUAUAAAAUGUGUUCAUGCAAGCUAACAGCAUAUUCUUGUCAUUUUGUUACUGUAAUGGCCUUUGAAGGUAAAUAAAAAAACUGUUAAUUGCUGCUAUUUGUUUUGUUGAAAAUACCGAAGAAGGUUACAUUUUUUACAUUUUUAAAAUUUGUAUUGUUUAAACUUUCAAAAUAAUGAACUCUGUGGUAUAAAUUAGUGCUGUUAUACAGCAGGCAAAUUUAACAAGUAGUCAAAUUAUUUUAACCCUUGAAAACAGUAACAUUUGAGGAAGAGAGAGACAAAAUCUCAGUGAAACAUUCAGUUGAUAAUGGAUGACUGCACAGUUAAAUAUGUGUGACUUUUGGUGCAUCAAUCAUUUAUGUUAACAGUGGAAAUUUUUAAAAUAAUUGAAACCUAGUCUGGUAUAAAUUAAUUUCCCACUGAAUGUUUGUUGAUUCAUUAGGAAAUGUGUUUCUACAUUGGUCUGACACAGGUGUAUAUUUGAUAAUUUCAAGUUCAUUUUAUGAGUGGAGACUAAAUAUUUUGACAAGAACUCGAUAUUGAAACAGAUGAGGUUGGUUUUCAAACUUAUGGUGUUUUGAUCGAGGUGUUUUAAUGCUAUGAGGGUGAAAUGUAGUCAAGAACAUUAACAAUAACUGUUACGCUUGUAUUUGUUAUAAGAAAAUGUAAAAAGCAUUGGUGAUCACACUGUGCAUUAAGCUGAUUAAGGAAAUGUGAAGUUUGAUACUUUUAAGUCUUUUUUUCCCCCUGUGAAGUUUGUUCUCAGGACACUGCAAAAAUCAUGCAUUUAAAAAUUAAUAUUACAUUUCUGUAAUUUCUGGAAUUUUUUAAUUUUGCAUUCUCAAUGUCUGGCCUCAUUUUCAUAAAACAUCAACCAAAGAAUUGCAGUUUGCAUUUAUUUAGGUUUACAUAGCUCUUACUCCUGUAAUAAAUUUUUAUUAUAAAUAUCCAUUUGUCUUAGGAAAUGAAUGCUGUUAAUUGUAUGUGUAAAAUACUUUAGCAAGGAACUUUUUUCAGAUUUUGUUUUCCUCUUCUCAAAUGAGACUGUCUGCAUGGAAAAAUCCAGUGCUCGGAUAAUUUAUAGAGUGCAGAGCUGAAUAUUGCGGUAAUAAAUGGCUUCUACAUGAUGUGCAGAUUUUAUCACUAUUUUUAUUCAGCAGAUAUAUUGUAUUGACAGUGAAUAAAAUGAUCACACGCUCCCCUUUUUCUAUUUGCCAUUUCUGGGGAGGUUGUAAUAAAUUUAUAUACUAAAUA